AUGGAAGAUCGGGGACUGGAGGCACAACAUGAAUUUGAUGAUAACAGCACUGGAAAUUCUGUUGCUGAGAAUGCUAGUAAUGGAGCCAAUACUACUCCUGCUGUCAAAAGUAGGGACGAUACUGAUGAAGUCAACAAUACUGGAUACAAUGGAAGCAUGGACAAUGAUGGUGACAUGGAUUCUGGAGGCAAUGGAAAUUAUGGUGGUGUUGGGGAUACCAAUGCUGAAGGUGCUAGUGGCCACAGUACUGAAGGCAGUGUUUGGGACACCAGUGCCAAUAAGUGCAGUGAUGGCUAUAGUAAUGAAGAUGGUUUUGGAGAUGCCAAUGCCACCAGGGAAGGUGGCAACAUAAAUGAAGACAACAUUGGAGAUGGCACUGCUGUACAGAAUAAUACCACUGAAACUGAGUUUAUUUGUGCCUCUGAGUGUAACAAUGAUCAUUGGCAGUAUGUUGAACAGCCUUAUGAUGGUGGUUAUGCAGGACCCAAUUAUGAACAAAUAUUUGAACAAGAUGUUGUAGUGUGCAUGCUUUGA